UUCACUGAUCUCGCUCUAUUGCUUUUGUUUGCUCUCUCAGUCCCUCACUCUUUUCCCCGUUUUCUCUAGAAAACAUGAAGGUAAUUGCUGCGUAUUUGCUGGCUCUUUUGGGAGGGAACACAAACCCUUCCGCAGAAGAUAUCAAGAACAUCCUUGGCUCCGUUGGAGCCGAGGCUGACGAUGAUAAGAUAGAACUUCUUCUGUCACUAGUCAAGGGCAAAGACAUUACAAAACUUAUUGCUACUGGGCGGGAGAAGUUGGCCUUUAUGUCUUCUGCUCAUGGUUUUGUAGUUGCAACCACCGCUACAAAUGGUGGUGCUGUUGCUGCUGCCGCUGCGGAGCCAAAGCAGGAUCAGCUGGAAAAGGUGGAGGAGAAAGAGGAAUCUGAUGAAGAUAUGUGCUUCAGUAUCUUUGAUUAAGGAGUACUAGGUUCAUUUGUCAGUCUAUGAAACCUUGGAUAUUGGAGCUUGUCAUUGGAUCUAGAAGAUACGGCGUGAGAAUGAAUUAGUAGUUUUUAAGUUUAUAGCUUAUAAUUUUGUAGCUUAUAUAGCUUAAUUAGUUUAGGCAGAAAAAUGGCUGGAUCUUACAUCAGUAUUUACCGAUUUAUCUUACUAAUGUCCUGUUUGAAUUUGGUCUUUUAUUUUAUCCAAGGAUUUGAUUUGAUUUAUUA